AUGCUUUCCAAAUUUUUCGCCAUAGUGGGCCUGUGUGUCGCUGCUUCUAUUCUGCAUGCGACUGACGCUGCUAAUAGAAUGCCCCCACGUCGUCAACUCGGGUCUUACAAGGACUACGGCCACAGCCAGCACAAGCACGACCACGACCACAAGAAACACCACCACCACGACAAGAAGGACCACCCGCACUACUACCGUCGCCGCCUCGAAGAUAAGGACGCCAAGGCUACCGAUUAUAAGGACACCAAGGCUACCGAGUCUUCGGACUACAGCUACGGCAAAGGCGAUUAUGGUCACGGGCACGACCACCAGGGCUAUGGCCAUGAUGACGAUGGUCACGAUGACUGUGGCCGCGAUAGCUACGGCCACGAUAAUUAUAAGCACAACGACUACAAGCACAAAGGCUACGGAUACAUUAGCGGCGACGACUACAAGGGCUAUGGUAGCGGCUACAGCUACAGCUAUAAGAAAUAUGGAGGCGACUGCGACGACUACUACGGUCACGGCAACGACUACUACGGUCACGGCAACGACUACUACCCUAAUUACUACUCGUCAUAUGGUGGUGGCAACGGCAACGGCUACUACCCCGACUACUAUUCGUCGUACAAUGGUGGGUAUGGCAAUGGAAAUGGAUACUACCGGACUACUCUUCUUCCUACGGCUACCCAAGUUACGGCGGCUACGGCUACUCCUACUUCGGGUACCCGGGCUACUUUGGUUAUGAGUCGGCCGCAGCGAGUGUCGGUGCUACUGGUGGCGAAAAAGAGUCUGCGACUGCGAAUGGUCAGAAGGAGUCUGCGACUGUGUCUACGGACGCUGUGUAGUGUGUGGCAAGCAAGGAGGCGUACCUCAGCGGCAAGGAGGCUAUUCUGA